GCCUUUAAUUCGGAUAGACAACAGGGUAGAUUGUGGAACCAGACCGAUAAUUUCUCUGAAUAGAAUCUCCUCUCCCUCUCUCUCUUGUUCGAGGGCCGUUUAUUCUCUCUCCUCUGCACAUGGAGAACAAAACCCAACCAUCAGGUAGCAGCCCUCCCCCAAAACCAUGGGAAAGAGCUGGAUCCUCUUCUGGACCUGCACCUUUUAAAGCGCCAUCUGCUGGCAGCACGAGCGAUGUAGUAGAGGCAUCCGGAACGGCAAGACCUGGUGAAGUUGUUUCAGCGGCUGAUAGGAAUACAACAGUCAACAGAAACACACUUGGGAGGCCGGUACCUGCUAGACCAUGGGAACAGCAGACUUACGGGAGCACACUCGGAGGUUAUGGUUCUGGUGUAAAUUAUAAUUCUGGUUACGGCUCAGGGAUGUAUGGUUCAUAUGGUGGAGGAUUUGGUGGAUCGAAUGGUGGUGGGUUGUACGGAAACAACAUGUAUAGAGGAGGUUAUGGUGGACUUUAUGGAGGUGGCAUGCAAGGUGGCAUGCAAGGUGGAAUGUAUAAUGGUGGUUUUGGGGGCCCAAUGGGAGGUUAUGGAAUGGGAAUGGGGGGCCCGUACGGUGAUGAUCCAAACAAUCCAUAUGGUGCUCCAUCUUCUCCACCAGGAUUCUGGAUUUCCUUAAUGAGAGUGAUGCAAGGUGUAGUGAAUUUCUUUGGCCGGCUUGCAAUGUUGAUCGACCAGAAUACGCAGGCAUUCCAUAUGUUUAUGUCUGCUCUUCUACAGCUGUUUGAUCGUUCCGGGCUAUUAUAUGGGGAGCUCGCCAGAUUUGUGCUGAGACUGCUGGGAAUGAGAACAAAACCCAAGAAAGUUCAUCCUCCUGGUGGUGAAGGGCUUCCUGGAGCUCCCAAUCGCCCAGGAUUUCAAAAUUACGUUGAGGGACCCAAGGCUGCUCCAAGUGGUGCUUGGGAUAGUGUGUGGGGCAAUAAUGCAAAUUAACUUUCUGGCGAUUUUUCUUUCUAUAGGAGGACACAAGAAUCGGUUGCAUAUCUGUAUUGGAAGCUACAAAUACUAAUGGAAGAGGAUGCUGCAAGUGUAUAGAAAUGUGUUAUGUUUUGAAAUAAUAGAACAUAUCCUACGGCCCCACCCCCGAUAAAAAAAGAUAAAGAGGAAAUAAGAAAAGCUAAAUGUGGAUAUGUUGUGCUGAUUUUGUUGUAAACACUCAUUUGCUUUGUACCCCUGGAGAUUUUAAACGGUUCUCUUGUUGAUUCUUCAAAUUUUGUUUUCCAGAAGCUAAA